AUGGCCCAGUCCCCUCCUCUGCACAGCCUCCUGGGCCACGACCACUGGAUCUUGCCCCAGGGCUGGGGCUGGGCCAGCCACCCGGACUCCACGUCCCCGGCCUCCUCCUCAUCGGACUCGUCGGGCUCUUGCCCCUGCGACGGCGCCCGCGGCCCCUCGCUGCCCGCGCUCCCGGCCCGCAGCGCCCGCGCCUCAGAGGCCGUCCAGACGGCGCCGGGACGAGGCCGCAGCGGCCCAGCCGGCGGACAGCGGCAGAGCGCCAGAGCGCGAGAAGCUGCGCAUGCGCACGCUCGCCCGCGCCCUGCACGAGCUGCGCCGCUUUCUGCCGCCGNCCAGGCGCAGGUGCAGGUGCAGGCGCGCGCCCCCCGCCUGGAUUCCGCCGGAGGCGCUGCCGCGUCGUGGGGGUCUCCGCCGGCCUGUCCCGCAGCCCUAGCGGCGCCCGAGCGCCUGGGGAGCAGGGUCCCCGACAUGAAUCCCUGGGUUACACCCCCUUACUGCCCUGGGAUGCCGUCGCCCCCGCAGCUCUCCCAAGGGAGAGCCCCCGAGACGGCCCUUUGGACACCGCCGCCGCAAGCCUGUUCCGGAAUGCGGACGUCCCCAGAACCUAGGAACCAGGCCAUGCCCUGGACGCCGCCCCCCGCGACCCCGGAGCUGGCUGUAGUAUACCAGGGUAUCUCUGUGUCUCCAGAGUCCUGUCUGUUGCCAGAAACCCCACCCCUCCUGUCCCGCCCAGCAUGCCAGAGACUCCAGCCUCAGACCCAGUGGGGAUGCUGGAACCAUAGUCCAGAGGUGCUCCCCAGCUCAGAGGACCAGGGACCAGGCCCUGCCUUCCAGCUCAGUGACGAAAGCCCCUCCCAGAGUUCAGGCCUGCAGCUCAGUGGCUGCCCUGAACUUUGGCAAGAAGAUUUGGAGGCGGCCCACCUGGGCAUCUUCUACUAAUAGCCUUGCCUGUCCCCUUGUGAGCCAGGAAUCAGGCCUCCGGUGCAGAGUGUCCUCCUCAUUUGCUGCUUGCUGUGGUCUUCAAGCUAUUUUUAAGCCAAGGAUCUCUUUUCCAAGUGAUGUAUUUCACGGAGAGGCAGUGUUGGAAACAGAGAGUGGGUGGCCUCCCUGGCUGGAGUCAGGGCUGGGGGAGUGGCCUCCACUCCGAGACACCCCCCAGAAUGACCAGUGCUCUGCAGAGCACUGGCUGAGCUGUGGCAAGUUGAUGGCUGCUUGACCACAGCGUCGGCCAGGCUGGGACUGCUGGGAGAGUGGGUUCUGGUGGGGGGAAGGGGGGAGAGAAGCCUGUACGCUUCGAUUUUUGUACUUCUUAAAAAAAACAACAAAAACGUUGGUUUGGUCUGUUUUUCUUCUAUCAACCUGGGUUUUUAUUGCCUUUGGAGAACGAUGAAUGUAUCCUCCUGC